AUGCGCAUUUUCUCAGCGUUGAGUGGUCUUCUCCUUGCUGGAGCCGCGUUUGCCCGGAACCUUUCGAACUCGAAUUCGACCUGCUCGCCGCAGUCGAGCGAUGUCAAAGUCGUGCAGUAUGGAUGGGCUCUGCAGUACCUCGCGGAGAGAUACUACUCGUCUCAGCCUCUGAAUCAGACCUAUCUAAACAGUGCCACCAACAGUACUCGCGCCAACUACUACUCCAACUUCCAAGGUAUCCUGAGACAGAACCGUCUGGGCGUUCGUGCGGUCCAGCAGCUUGGAUCCAAGGUCCCCGGAUACAACAAUCCCCGAUGCAACUUCACCUUUCCGCCCGUCAGGGAUGGCGCAAGCUGGGUGAGGAACGCACUCCAGUUGGAACAGACGCUUACCGGUGCUUUUAUCGGUCUGGCGGGGUAUAGUCAGGCUCCUGAGGUCUCGUUCCUCGUGGCUCGUCUGGCCGCCGAGCAUAGCGGAUUCUCACACUAUAUCGCGAGUCAGCAGCGGAGUGUCGUCUACCCAGCUAAUAGCACCACCUUGCUUCCUGCUUACGCUCCGGACCAGGUCCUGAAGAGUGGAAAUAGGACCGGAAGGCUAGGAACGUACCUCAGAAAUUGCGUCUCUGCUCCCUCGCCUCCCUGCGGGAAUCUGACCAUCGGUCCGCUCAUCGGGUCUAACUCGACUAACUCGACUAACUCGACGUCCGAUGGCUCCAACUCGUCAUUGCUGGCGGGUUUCACAAGGAAGUACUUCUAA